CGAUAGAGUGGCACCAAAACGGCGGAGACCUCCUUUUCUUCUUCUUCCUCCCUUGCCUACUGAUUCAUUGAUUCAGGGAAACGGAGAAUUACUGAUUCAGUGAAAAACGAAGUCAGAAGAAGCAGAGAAUGAAUUAGUGGAGUCAGCUGCAUAUUUUUUUUUAAGCUAUUUCAGUUGGGAAAAUGGCAGCGGCGAGGAUAACUUUGAAUUGCUCGAUACAAAACAGUUUGUGGCUUUUAAACCCACUAUGUUCCUUCAAUUCUAGAACUACCCUUCUCAAGAAUCGCGUCUUUUUCCCUCAAAGCCUCGUGCUUUCUUCAUCUUCUUCUUCUUCAAAAAGAGCUACGUUUUGCAGUUGCUCAAGCAACAACGGUGGCAGUAAUAAUGGUCUGCAAAGUGGAGAAAUUGGGGAGCCUUUUGUCCUUACGACUCCUCUUUAUUACGUGAAUGCUCCUCCCCAUAUGGGAAGUGCCUAUACCACUAUUGCUGCUGAUGCCAUUGCUCGUUUUCAGAGGCUACUGGGGAAAAAGGUUAUAUUUAUUACGGGCACAGAUGAGCAUGGGGAGAAAAUAGCUACAGCUGCAGCUGCUAAUGGUUCCAGCCCAAGUGAGCAUUGUGAUGUCAUAGCUCAGUCUUACAAGACACUUUGGAAAGAUUUAGAUAUUGCUUAUGACAAGUUCAUCCGCACGACUGAUCCUAAACAUGAGACAAUUGUCAAAGAAUUUUAUUCUAGGGUUCUUGCAAACGGUGACAUUUACCAGGCUGACUAUGAGGGACUUUACUGUGUCAACUGUGAGGAGUAUAAGGAUGAGAAAGAGCUGCUUGAAAACAACUGUUGCCCUGUGCACCUAAAGCCAUGUGUUCCAAGGAAAGAGGAUAAUUACUUCUUUGCACUGUCAAAGCACCAAAAGAGACUUGAAGAAACUUUAUCAGAAAAUCCACAUUUUGUUCAGCCUUCAUUUCGUCUUAAUGAGGUGCAAAGCUGGAUAAAAAAUGGCCUAAAAGAUUUCUCCAUUUCCCGAGCAUCAGUGGAAUGGGGUAUUCCAGUUCCCAAUGACAUCAAGCAAACUAUUUAUGUAUGGUUUGAUGCUUUGCUAGGCUAUAUAUCAGCUCUGUCAGACAAAGAGGGUCAUAAUUUACAGAGUGCUGUUUCUUCAGGUUGGCCUGUGUCACUACACUUGAUUGGAAAGGAUAUUUUACGUUUUCAUGCAGUUUACUGGCCAGCCAUGUUAAUGUCUGCUGGAUUGAGUCUUCCUAAGGUGGUCUUUGGUCAUGGAUUCUUGACAAAGGAUGGUAUGAAGAUGGGGAAGUCUCUAGGGAAUACAAUUGAACCAAAAGAAUUGGUUAGUAAAUUUGGGCCUGAUGCCAUCAGGUACUUCUUCCUGAGGGAAGUGGAAUUUGGAAAUGAUGGGGACUAUUCAGAAGAUCGAUUCAUUAAUGUUGUCAACGCACAUCUUGCUAACACAAUAGGAAAUCUUCUUAACCGAACUCUUGGGCUUCUUAAAAAGAACUGUGAAUCCACUUUGGUGGCUGAUGCAAUUGUUGCGGCAGAAGGAAAUACUUUCAAGGAGACUGUUGAGAAGCUGGUUGAAAAGGCUCGGAUCCAGUAUGAAAACCUUGCACUAUCAUCAGCUUGUGAAGCUGUACUAGAGGUUGGGAAUGCUGGAAAUUCAUACAUGGAUGAGCGAGCACCAUGGUCUCUUUUUAAGCAAGGAGGUGCUGCUUCUGAAGCUGCUGCAAAGGAUCUAGUGAUUAUAUUGGAAGCAGUGAGGAUCAUAGCAGUUGCUUUAUCCCCAGUCACACCUAACUUAUCUCGGAGGAUAUAUGCACAGCUUGGCUACUCUGAGGAUGAGUUCAAGAAUGUCACCUGGAAGGAAACCAAGUGGGGUGGCCUGAAGGCCGGUCAGGUUAUGGCUCAACCUAAACCAGUCUUUGCAAGGAUUGAGCAAACAGGAACAGAAGUUGAGAAUCUUGCAGUUAAGGAGACUCUGAAAAAGAAAGAGAAAGUGCAACAAGUUCAAGGAGUUGCACAAGUCUAGAAAGACCAUCUUAAAAGUUCAAGUUCAUACAUAAAGUUUUUCCCUUUUUUCCCUUGAGCAGUUACUAAUUGAGCCUAGAAAUCCAGUUUAAUAAAUUGCAUUAUUCUCCCAGCCUAAGCCUAUCCUUUUUUGAGAUCGUGGAAUGCCAUGUUAUAUCAGAAUAGAAAGUACUUAGUUUU